CAGAAAAGAAGAAACGCCUCAGAGGCGACAAGAGAGUGAGGAGGAAGCAGAGAAAGUUGGAGCGCGCGCGCGUCUCAGAUGGAAGGGCGCGAGGAAGGAAGGAAGGACGGAAGGAAGGAAGGGAUCUCUGCGGGCUCAAGUGCGUGAUUAAAGGCUCCUCGAGGAUACAAACACAUAUUUGAAUCAAAGUUUGGGGGUAAUACAGGAGGAGGAGGGGGUGGGGGGAGUUACAGGCGAGCCGCCGCGUUGCGUGGAUGAGACAGGCGAGAGACAGCGAGCUCCAGCGUGGAUUUCAUGUUCUUCAAACUCGCCGAGGCUCGCAAACUUUUAAAGACGGGGGAGUAAGGAAUUUAAAAAAAAAAAAAACCAAAGUCCAACAAAAAGAGCCACCCCUCCAGCUCGGCGUCCCGGUUAGCUCUUCCGGGUGAUAAAAGAGGGAUACAACAAGACGAGUCCGUUGUUUCUCCCGAGGAGUCUAGCGCCCUGUUGCCGGGGUUGAGGCGUCGGCGCCCGGGGCAGGGAGUCCCUCGUCAUGGCCGGGGCCAAGCCGGGAGUCCACGCGCUGCAGCUGAAGCCCGUGAGCGUGCACGAGGACCUGAAGAGAGGGGGAAAGUUCAUCAAAUGGGACGAGGAUCCCAACGGCGGCAGCCCAACACUGGUGACCUUGAAAGUUGACCCAGAUGGAUUUUUCCUCUCAUGGACUGCCGGCUCAAACUUGGAGGUGGAGAUCCUGGACAUCAGCACCAUCAGGGACACCAGGACGGGAAAGUACGCCCGACAGCCAAAGGAAGCGAAAUUGCAGAGCAUGCUGAGCGUCGGGAAGGACAGCUUUCUGGGGAAGUCGCUGACCAUCGUCUACGGAAACGACUUGGUGAACAUCUCCUACCUCAACUUCCAGGCGAUGUCGGAGGAUGAAGCCAAGCUUUGGACAGAAGAGCUCUUCAGUUUGGCAACAAACAUCCUUUCCCACAAUGCAACAAGAAACAGCUACCUCCUCAAAGCAUACACCAAGCUGAAGCUGCAAGUGAACCAGGAGGGCAAAAUUCCCGUGAAGAACAUUAUGAAGUUGUUCUCUGAUAAACGGCGGGUGGAGACGGCGCUGGAGCAGUGCGGCCUGGUCAGAAACAAGUCGGAGGGAAUAAAGCCUGACGAUUUUACGUGGGAGGCCUUCCAGAAGUUUCUCAACAACCUGUGUCUGCGACCUGAAAUACAAACCAUCUUUGAGGAAAGCUCCAAGAAGAAGCCCUUCAUCUCUUUGGACCAGUUCAUGGACUUCCUGAACCGCAGGCAGCGGGACUCCAGGCUGAACGAGGUCCUGUAUCCUCCGCUGAAACGAGAGCAGGUCCGGCAGAUCAUGGAGAAAUACGAGACCAACAGCAGCCAGCUGGACAGAGACCAGAUCAGCUUGAGGGCUUUCAGUCUCUACCUGGGAGGAGAGGAAAACGGCAUAGUUCCUCCAGAGAGGCUGGACAUCAUCGACGACAUGAACCAGCCGCUGUCGCACUACUUUAUCAACUCCUCACACAACACAUACCUCACAGUGGGUCAGCUGACGGGUCUGUCGUCGGUGGAGAUGUACAGGCAGGUGCUGCUGACGGGCUGCCGCUGCAUCGAGCUGGACUGCUGGCAGAGGCAGGACGAGGAGCCGCACAUCACGCACGGGUUCACCAUGACCACAGAGAUCCCCUUCAAGGAUGUGAUUGAAGCCAUCGCAGAAAGUGCCUUCAAGACGUCGCCUUAUCCUGUCAUCCUCUCCUUUGAGAAUCACGUCGAGUCACCCAAACAUCAAGCCAAAAUGGCCGAGUACUGCCGGACCAUCUUUGGAGACGCUCUGCUCAUCGACCCUUUAGAGAAAUACCCGCUGGUCCCAGGUCAGCCGCUACCAUCACCACAGGACAUGAUGGGGAAGAUUCUCAUCAAAAACAAGAAGAAGCAUCACCAUCAUCGACCAUCAGAGACCAGCGUACGGCGUAAGGAGCUGGAGGAGCCUUCGAGCAUCCCCAAUGACUGCCCUCUGUCAGACGGGGAUGGGAACCAGACGCUUUCCAACGGGGAGGAGAAGCUGGCUGAAAGCCUGAUGAAAGAAGUGGAGCCUCGCAAGUCGAUCGCUGAAGGAGAGAGCGAGGAAGAAGAAGAAGACGAGUCAGCUACAGAGACGAAGAAGAACUCGGAUGAGGGAACCGCCAGCAGUGAGGUCAACGCCACGGAGGAGAUGUCAAACCUCGUCAAUUAUGUUGAACCUGUUAAAUUUAAAAGCUUUGACUUGGCAGCGAAGAAAAGGAAGUACUUUGAGAUGUCGUCUUUUGUGGAAACCAAAGGCAUGGAAGCCCUUAAGAACUCGCCUGUAGAGUUUGUCGAGUACAACAAAAACCAGCUGAGCCGAAUCUACCCUAAAGGAACGAGGGUGGACAGCUCCAACUACAUGCCACAGGUCUUUUGGAACGUCGGUUGUCAGAUGGUGGCGCUAAACUUCCAAACCCUUGACCUCGCGAUGCAGCUGAACAUGGGAGUGUUUGAAUAUAACGGGCGCAGUGGCUAUCUGCUAAAACCAGAGUUCAUGAGGAGGAUGGACAAACACUUUGACCCGUUCACAGAAAGCAUUGUGGACGGAAUAGUUGCCAACACAGUCAAAAUUAAGGUGGUGUCAGGGCAGUUCCUCACAGAAAAAAAAGUGGGAGUGUAUGUCGAGGUGGACAUAUUUGGACUCCCAGCUGACACUAAGAGGAAAUACAGAACAAAAACCUCCUCCAACAGCAAUUCACUUGAUCCUGUGUGGGAUGACGAGAUGUUUGUUUUCAAUAAGGUGAUCCUUCCUUCACUGGCUUCUCUCAGGAUAGCUGUGUGUGAGGAAAACGGAAAGUUUAUUGGGCACCGAAUUCUCCCUAUUUCCUCCAUUAGACCUGGUUAUCACUACAUCAACCUGAAGAAUGAGCUGAGCCAGCCACUGCUGCUGCCCUCCCUCCUCAUUUACAUUGAAGUUCAGGAUUACGUCCCUAAUGAACACCAGGAGUACGCAGAUGCUCUGACCGACCCAAUCAAGUACAUCAGUCAACUGGCUAAAAGAGAGAAACAGCUUGCUAGUCUCAUUGACGACAACGUGGAGCAGCAAGAUUCCUCUCAGCCCAAAGACUCUAUCCGUAGAACCUCUAUAACCACGGCUGGAUUUCAGCCCCUACCAUCUUUCCAGCCGCCUACUCUAUCCCCUAUAGAGGACUGUCCAGACGUCAUCAUCAAACCACCACCACCAGUACAAACUCCAGUACAAAAGGAGGACCCGAUAGCCACAAUCCUGGCAGAAAUGCAGGUUCUCUCUGUAGAGGAUCUGAAGCAGCAGAAGAAUUAUGUGAAGCUGGUGAAAAAGCAAGAAAAAGACAUCAAAGAGCUGCGCAAGAAACACCUGAAGAAGGUUUGCAGUCUGUAUAAGAAACAGAAGAGUCAGAGCAGCCAGGUGGAGUCUGACACUCACAAGAAGCGCAGUCAAAUGGAAAAAAGCCUCAAACGCAGCAUCAAGAAAAAUGAGCCUCAGGAGGGGAUGAAGAAGGAGCUGACCAAGCUGGAGCAGGAGGUGGAGGAGCAGACGGUCAAGAUGUGGGAGGGGCAAAUGGAGAAACUGGUCAAGCUUCGACAGGAGCUUCACGUGCUGGAGAGACAGAUGCAGGAAAAACACCUGCAUGAGGCGUUCCAAAGGUUAAAGGAUAUAUGUCAAGAGUGCCAAGCAGCUCAGAUAAAGAAGCUGAAGGAGUCGUGUGAAAAAGAGAAAAAGGAGCUCCAGAAGAUGCUAGAAAGGAAACGACUUAACAGCAUCAGUGAAGCCAAGAACAAAGAGGAACAGGAGAAGAUCAACACGAAACACAUCAGUGAAUCCGUCUCUUUGUUCCGUAAGCUGGAGACCGAGCAGGAAAAGAGACAAGAUAAGCUGAUACAGAAGUACACCGAGAUGCUGCAGCACAUUCAGGAGGAGCUGCCCACGCUCCAGGCUCAGCUGGCUCAAGACCUCCAGGAGGAGUUCCACCGCCUCCCAGAAGAAAUCUACCAGCACCUUAACCUGGAGCGCCACAACAAAAGCCUCAGGAGGUUCUCGAACAACAGCAGCCCGGGAUCCAACUGCGGCACGCGCUCCUUACCCUCCACGCCGGACCAGAGCCUGUUGAACAGCAGCAUGGACAGAAGCACCUCCUCGCUGGCCGAUUCCUGCUCCCCGUCCACCACUCCUGUCCACUCCGAGGCAGAGAUCUCCUUCACUUAGACUUUAUUUUGUUGUACAAAGAAAAAUAGAAACUGGGGUCUAUAGUGAUCAUAUUGUGGGAUAUUAAUGAUAUAGAUUAUUUACUAAUUUUAUUCAAUUUUUUAAUCAGAAAACUGAUUUGUCCUUGUCUACGGAGCUGUAUUGUUUUUUUUUUAAAUCAUUUGUUGUUGGAUGAAAUAUUUUAACAUUUUUCUAAGCAAAAAUAAUUGCUUUUUUUUUCUUUUCUACAGGUUUUAGGCUAGUCUUUUUUGUCUCCUCGUCUCUCGUUGGGUUAUUUCUAUUAUUCUUUAAGGAACAAAGCUGCUUUGUACAUUUUCUCUGAGGUUUUCUCUGCUGGAAUCACACAUACAGCAGUAGGAUUUUAAAGUUUUUGACCAAAAAAAAAAUACAGUUAUUCUUUAGUCCCUCAGGUAGAAAAUCAACUCCAAAACGAAUUUACAAAUAUUUAAUUUCAAAUUCUUUUAAACUUCUGUAAGUAAACAUCCAAGAUGAUUUUUUUCACAGUUUUAGGUUGUAAUGGCAGUAGGUGACCAGUAGGGGGUGCUACAGCCUUGUUUUAAUCUGCUAAGAAAGAGAACCUUAUUCCCAGCAAUUAUCGUUCUAAACUUAAUCUGCAUAGUCCAAUUAACAACUCUAGUCUUUCCUUAAGUAAAAAAUAAGAUCUUUAAACAUCUGUGUGAAUUUUUAGAUUCACAAAGUGGUUCAACACUUAUCCUAAGCCGACAGCUGCCGCCUAAACAGGCUCACAUUUGAAAUCUUCAUCCCAUUCCGUCUCUUAUAGGGGAAAAUAAAUGAUGACGGUGUUGGAGGGCAGAAUAUAAUCUGAUGAGACGUUUGCUUUCGGGGGAAAUAAUCUCUGGCAUUGAAAGCCUCUGUAAUGUGAGCGUGUUACCUGUUCGUGUUGAUGUCCUGCGUGUGCGAUCAGAGUUAGUUUUAGGAAACUCUCUGAACUACUGUGGAGGACGCCCUUCUGACUGGAAGCUGUGGAUUGUUAAUCCGGAGCGUGUUACUCUGUCGGGUUCUGGUGGUACUUUGUUCACCGCUGCUUUCACUCAACCCUCACCUUUCCAUUCGGGUUUUGUGGACAUAGGAAAGAUUUUUAUGGACCCUUACUAUCAAUCAAUUAUUGAAAAAGCCCUGCCAAAAAAAAAAGGUGGAAUGUGUUGCACAAACUGAGCGGUGCGUUAAGGUAAAUGUGGUUUGUUUUUUUUACCACUACCAAAGCUUAAUUUUUUUUUCUAUAUUUAUUUUUCCCUUUCUUUGGUUUUUAGAAGCUUUUUCUUCUUUUGUGCAUUUUUUUCCUUUUUUUGUGGGGUGAAAUAAUGGUACUAUGUGUAGAAAAUCUGUGUAAAAGUUAUGCGUUACAUACAUUUUACUACUGACUACUAUUGCAGACAGGAUGGAGGAAAGAAAUCAAAGAGGGCAGAAGGUAGACACAGAUUUUUACUGUUUUGCCAAAGAAAAUAUUGAACUCAGAGUUUAUCCGUAUCCCUUUUUGCUCCGGAUGAGCAGUGGCGGCCUCUCCCUUUAAAAAAGAAAACUUUUAAAAAUUCAUUUUUAAAGGAUUUUUUUUUUUGUUCAUGUGCCUAAAAUUCUAGUGUAGUUCCCCUAAUGUGUUUUUUUUUUUAAGCCAAAGUCUGUUUUUAACUAGCCAUGCUAUCAUCAGUGAUGCAGGAGAAACCUACACCUUCAUUUAACUUAGAUUGGGACUCUCCAUCCUUUCAAAGUUUACCAAAAGAUCCUAACACGUUCCUCGUAGGCCAGGAAAAGUGGCAGGUGUUUUACAAUGACGUACACUAAAUAAUGCCUUUUUUGUUUUUCCUCAUGCGUUGUUGUGGCAACCAUUGUUUUCUGCCUUUUAUUUUGUUAAAAUGUACCUUUGCCUCUCUGUUUGGACUGUUUGUGAACCUUUUUUUUUGGUUUCUGUGAUUUAGACUUCAAUACAACCACUUCCUUGUGCCAUCUCC